AUGGUACUCUUCAACGGUACGAACAACGUGACCAACGUUACGUAUCGCGCUACUGGAACUGGAGCUGGAGCUGGAACUGGAACUGGACCUCGGCUAACCGAACCGCAACCACUGAAUGAUGAUGUGCAGACCCUGCCAUCCAACAGUCUGCCACCGUUGGCCACAACAACAACGACGACGACGACGACGUCACCGGUACGGACGGUAACCACCAACAACAGUACGCACUGGGAACCGAUUCCGCAUUACCAGCAUCCACACUAUGAUCCGGCCGGGAAGGUGCUGUGGUUCCCGAGGAUCGUCGGUGGCUCCCUGGCCACCGUCGGUGAGUUCCCGGCCAUGGUAUCCCUGCAGCUGGUCCGUAAUUCGGCACACGUUUGCGGUGGUACUCUGAUCACAAUGGCGCACGUUCUGACGGCUGCUCACUGUGUUGCCAAUACGGCGGGAGUGGCCACUCCUCCCGGGCAGUACCAAGUGAUGGCGGACGAUCUGUACAUUCUGCCCCAGGCGGGAAACCCAAGCCGACAGGUGCGGCUAGUGCGUUCGUUGACGCUGCACCCACAAUACGAUACCGCCACGUUCGCGAACGACCUGGCGCUGUUGCGGUUAGCGAGUGAGUUCCGUAAGACGGACAGUCUGUAUCCGGCGAAGCGGUUGCAGAAGGCACCCGUACCCGGUGACCGGUGCAGUUUGGCCGGUUGGGGUGUCACCUCGGAACAAUCGUCCACGAUGAGCCCCGCUCUGCAGCGCAUCAAUGUUGUGGUCGAUGAUUUCGGGAACUGUAACGUGGUGUACCAGCAGCUGCUGACGCGUGGAAUGCUCUGCGCAUCGGCACCGGGCCGUGAUGCGUGUCAGGGAGACUCUGGAGGGGCGUUGCUGUGUGCGGGGGGACGGAUGGCCGGUAUCGUGAGCUUCGGUGCCGGGUGUGCCAAACCGAACGUUCCCGGUGUGUACAUGGAUGUGGUGUAUCACGAAAAGUGGAUCAACGGUGUGCUGAGGAACGGCGGAAUGGCCAUCCGUGCGUCCGGUGCACUUCUGAUAACCACGCUGCUCAUCCUCUGGACUGGACUCACGGCAUUGUGA